UGUGAUAAUCAUGUUUUCCUGUGAUAUUUGUGGUGAAACAGUAAGUUCAGAAUCAGACAUGAAGACUCACCUUUUGAUUGUUCAUAUGGAAAAUGAAGUAGUCUGUCCAUUUUGCAAGUUGUCAGGUGUGAAUUAUGAUGAAAUGUGUUUUCAUAUUGAAACUGCUCAUUUAGAGCAGAAUGAACUGGAAAGAAGCUUUGAGAGGAUCAAUACAAUGCACUAUGGCACUUCAGAUAAGAAGGAUGACACCCUACUUUGUCGAAAGGAAGUUAACGCAAGUCUUCUUUCAGCUUGUGCAUCUAAUGAUCCGAAAAGUUCAGCUCAAGGCUUGAAAAAGGACGGUUCUUUAACACAUCAAGGUUUUUAUUCGGAGAACAGGAGUGCACCUAGAAAACUUUUGAAAAGUUCGGAAAGACUAUCUGACCUACCCCAAAUAACAGAAUCAGUAGACACAACGUAUAGUUCUCCUGAAUGUCCAUUCUGUGGGAAGAAGGAAAUAUGUGGUGAAGAUAUGGAAACUCACAUGAGAACAAAGCAUGCCAGUCUUUUAGAUACGCCCUUUGAAGACUGUGGUCAACCACUGUAUGAUUGCCCCAUGUGUGGACUCAUCUGUACGAACUACCAUAUUCUCCAAGAACACGUUGACUUGCAUUUGGAAGAAAACAGCUUUGGACAAGGUAUGGAUAGAGUCCAGUGUUCUAGGGAUCUAGAACUGGCUCACCAGCUUCAACAGGAAGAAGACAGAAAGAGGAGAUCUGUAGAAUCAAGACAAGAAUUGAAAGAAUUUCAGAAACUUCAGAGACAAUAUGGUUUAGAUAAUUCUGGAGGAUACAAACAACAACAACUACAAAAUAUGGAAAUAGAAGUAAAUAGAGGAAGAAUGCACCCAUCUGAAUUUCAUAGAAGAAAAGCUGACUUGAUGGAAUCCUUAGCUAUUGGUAUUGAUGAUGGAAAAACAAAAACUUCUGGAAUUAUUGAAGCACUUCAUAGAUAUUACCAGAUUGCUGCCACAGAUGUGAGGCAGGUGUGGCUUUCUGCAGGUGUGGAUCACUUUCAUUCAUCAUUAGGAGACAAAGGUUGGGGUUGUGGCUACAGAAAUUUCCAGAUGCUGCUUUCAUCAUUAUUACACAAUGAUGCUGCUUAUGAUUGCUUGAAAGGUAUGUCAAUUCCUUGCCUUCCUAAAAUUCAGUCUAUGAUUGAAGAUGCAUGGAAGGAAGGGUUUGAUCCACAAGGAGCCUCUCAACUCAAUAAUAGGUUACAGGGAACAAAGGCCUGGAUUGGAGCAUGUGAAGUAUAUACACUUCUGACCUCUCUUGGGGUAAAGUGUCGUAUUGUUGAUUUUCACAAGUCAACUGGCCCUUUGGGUACACACCCUCGCUUAUUUGAAUGGAUAUUAAACUACUAUUCUUCAGAGAGGGAAGGAAGUCCCAAGGUAGUGUGUACUUCUAAGCCUCCUAUCUAUCUUCAGCAUCAAGGUCAUAGCCGAACAAUUGUUGGAAUUGAAGAAAGAAAAAAUAGAACCUUAUGUUUACUAAUAUUUGAUCCUGGAUGUCCUUCUCGAGAAAUGCAGAAACUAUUAAAGCAAGACAUUGAGGCUAAUAGUCUCAAACAACUUCGGAAAUUUGUAGGAAAUCUAAAACAUAAACAGUACCAGAUAGUGGCAGUAGAGGGUAUUCUUUCUCCAGAGGAGAAAGUCGCCAGAAGACAAGCUUCUCAAGUUUUUACUGCAGAGAAGAUUCCAUGA